UGCGGAAACAUUUAUGAACCCUGCAAACAUGUAUUAAAUCAAACGAGAUGAGACGAGACAAAAUAGGAAAGUCAUCCAUGAGUCGUCAUACAUUUUUUUUCUGGCGGAUUCCGUCCAGUGAGAAUUUCACUUUUCAUAGAGAUUUUCACCUGCUACACAGCAAGUGAGUGUGAAGUGGUUUUCAGAUUUUAAAAAUCUGGAAUAAAAUAAUUCUGGAAACUUGCCAAUUUAAUCCAGCCGGUUUCUUGGUUUUAGUUAGCGGUCGGAUUAACCCCGAGGACCUUAUCAUAACAAUAUGUCUGCAGGGGACGAUUGUAAGCAGUUUGUAGCUGUCACUAUUACCAGCAAUUUGAACUCAUUCCACACAGAUCGCCGUUUUCCUGGCGAUGUCAACAUAGCAAAUCUAAAGGGAAAGUUGGAAUUGCUAACGGGCUGUAUGAUGUCUACCAUGAAAUUGGAACUGCGGGACAAUGACGAUGAGUUAAUUCAAUACUUAUCAGAUGAUACAUUGACCUUGGCGCAACUGGGCGUACAGAAUGGAAUGAAGAUUCAUGUGAUAGAUACUUCAAAUAAAGAACCGGAAGACGAAGAGGCUGCAGAUGUUUCAUACAAACUCAGUACCGAAGAGUAUGAGCAACGGGAAGAGUCAAUGCGAAAAUUUAUGGAAAGGAAUAAACUUGGUCGUUUUGAUGAGGAAAAGGCUAAACGAAAAGAGGAAGAGGAGGAAAAUGAAACCAAGUUGUCUGCAUCCAUAAAAGUUGGGGAUCGGUGUGAAGUUCGCAUUCCAGGAAAUCCAGUUCGUCGCGGUCAGGUGAAAUUUGUUGGAAAGGUUCAUUUCAAAGAAGGGGCGUGGGUUGGGAUCCAGUACGACGAGCCCAUGGGGAAAAAUGACGGAGCCGUUGGGGGGAAGAGGUACUUUGAGUGCAAACAAAAGUACGGCAGUUUCAUUCGGCCUUCAAAUCUUACUGUGGGAGAUUUUCCGGAACUUGAUGAUGAGCUUGAUGAGAUAUGAAAACCUACCUAAGACCUGUUGUUAUAAGUAUGGCUUUACAGUAAACCAGAAAUCUGUCUAAUAAUUGUAAUUAUAUAUUUUUUCCCUGUUACGUAACAAACGAUCUCUAAUUGUAUCAUGUAUAUGUAUGUAUGUGGCAACGUUAGUAAUUCAUAUUGAACAGGAGGUUUUUUUUGUAUAAUUCCAUGCCUGUCAAUAGUAAUAAUAAUACUUCAAUCCCAAUCGUACGUUAUUGCACACAUAUAGCUCUACUCAUGCUAUAACUAGUUUAUUAUCAUUAUAUUACUUCAAUAAUGUGCACAAAAGCCUUUUGGAACAAAUAAAGUUUUACAUAUUUAUGAA